AUGGAUCUGCUAACAGUCCUACCUGGCUUCCAAACAAAACCAUAUCAACACCUUCUCCCAGCUUUAGAGCGAACAAAAAUCACCACCGUCGACCUACUCACCAUCGAAUUCCUCGAAAUCGCGAAACGCGCCCAUGUGCCCCCCGCAGACAUUCGGCGGCUCUGCGACCGCGUUGUCGAGGCUCUCCAUGCCGACAUUGGCUUCGUUGAGUCCGAGCCCAUUAUAGAAGAUUCAGACGGCGACGAAGAUGAGGAUGAAGAGUUGAAUGCCAGUAUACACCCGACUGGCCUAGCUCUUGGCCCUGCGACAAGCCGCACGACGUCACAAUGGAAUACGAUCAGCACCCUGGACCCCGUGAUGGACGACCUUCUCGGGGGUGGGAUCCCGACGGGGUAUAUGGUUGAAAUUACUGGGGAGAGUGGAAGUGGCAAGACCCAAUUCCUCAUGAGUCUAUGUCUGGCUGUUCAGUUGCCGAAGCCGUAUGGCCUCCGGCGUCGCGCAUUAUACAUCUCGACUGAGCACCCGCUAUCCACUCCCCGGCUUUCCCAGCUCAUUGAAUGCCACCCCAUACUUUCGUCUUUGUCGGCCGAGGAGGCACCUUCACUGGAGGAUAUCCUGUCUAUAAACGCCAUGGACUUGGAGGCACAAGACCACAUUUUGAAUUACCAGCUUCCUGUUGCAAUCCAACGCUACAAUAUUGGGCUGGUUAUUAUCGACUCGAUAACUUCAAAUUAUCGUGCCGAACACUCCUCCACCGAUGCCAUAGCCCUGGCGACACGUACGAAUGAGCUUGCGAAGCUGGGCCAUAUGUUACGCAACCUUGCUGUGGAUCAAGAUGUAGCAAUUGUUGUCGCGAAUCAAGUCUCUGAUCGCUUCGAUAUGCCCGACGUGCCGGACGACCCAGAUACUGAUGAUGAGUCUGCGUCACAAGAACAAAUGCCGAGCCAAACUGCAGAAGAUAUGGAGGGUUCUGAUCCGACGACUGAGCUUUCAAAGUCACAACCUCCAAUGUCAGAACCUGCAAUGCCGCAGCCUCAAAUGGCUCAGCCCUCAAUGUCCCAACCAGUGAACAUGGAAUAUGAAAGUACUCAACAAGCACCGUCCGAUUCUCAAGACCCGCCUUCAUCCUCUGCCAUGACUUCUUCUCAAUUCUACGGAGAUCACGACGAAAAUACAUUCCAACAGACACAUUGUGACACAGACCUCACGUUCAAACAAGCAACAAGUGUCCAUCUCCAAGAACGAUUCUUCACCGGCUGGGGCGAUGACUUCUCACCCCAUGCCUCCCUCAAAAAUCCAGCUAUGGGGAUAUUCUGGUCAAGCCAGAUUGCUUGUCGUAUUGCAUUGAAGAAAGAGGAAUCUAGAUUCGGAGUUCCAGCGCAUGACGUUUUAUACCCGACAUUUACAGCAGAAACAGCAGAAAAAACAGAAACCAGCUCAGAACUUCCAGACGAAAAACCCAUCACGGCGUCUGAAUUCAUGCGGUCUUCCCAGGAACAACCCGACACUAGCAAAGACGUCGAGCCCGCUGCAAUCCCCGCCCCGGAGUUCAAGGAAAGAAAAAGAAAAACCCCCGAUGCCCAGCCCGGUUCUCCAGAUGCAACAGCCCGAAACCCAGAUCCACAUUCCCAAGAUCAAGAUCUCGAAUACCUCCCCGACCGCGUCACAAGGAGAACAAUGAAACUAGUCUUUGCACCCUGGGCAGGACCGACAGAGCACGAACCAGAAGAUCUCCUACCAUCAACCCCACCAGGAAGAUCCGCCGAGCCACAGACCGACGAAGUGGACUUCGAAAUCUGGGCCGGCGGACUGCGGAGCGUCAGUUUCGAAUGA